UGCUGUGACUCCAGCGCCUCUGGGGCUGAUCUGCACGCAGACGCUUGUAGUGUGUCAGUGGACGCGGAGUGCUGUCAGUGAAAAGUCCUGUUUAUCCGCCUGUCUGAUCGAAACAUCAGCAAUUAGUCAGCUCCAAUUAGGUCCCAUUAACCAGUCAGUCAGAUCCGGACUGCAGAUCUGCUGCUGCGCUUCUCUCCUCCGACGACAACAGCUGGGAUGUGUGAGUAGAAAGCCUGCCAGGCUCACCCACAGCACCCAGACUUGCCUCCAGACAUGGACAGGAUAGGGGUGUCGUUUCUGAACCCUUUGGAUGACUACGAGUUAAUCCACCGGAUUGGGUGCGGCACCUAUGGAGAGGUGUUCAAGGCUCGUAAUAUCAGGACAUCUGAACUGGCAGGUAUCAAGAUUGUCAAGCUGGACCCAGGGGAUGACAUCACGUCCAUCCAGCAGGAGAUCACCAUGAUGAAGGAAUGCAAGCACAAAAACAUCGUGGCCUACUUCGGCAGCUACCACAGGAACACCAAGCUGUGGAUCUGCAUGGAGUACUGUGGAGGAGGGUCACUUCAGGAUAUUUACCAUGUGACAGGCCCGUUAAAGGAGAAGCAGAUAGCGUUCGUGUGCCGGGAAACGCUCCAGGGUUUGUAUCACUUGCACGAAACUGGCAAAAUGCAUCGAGAUAUAAAGGGAGCCAACAUCCUUUUGACCGAGCGUGGAGAUGUGAAACUGGCUGAUUUUGGGGUGGCGGCAGAGAUAAGUGCGUCCGUGGCCAAGAGAAAGUCUUUUAUUGGAACUCCUUACUGGAUGGCUCCAGAGGUGGCUGCAGUGGAAAAGAAGGGCGGCUACAACCAUCUGUGCGAUAUCUGGGCUGCUGGCAUCACUGCUAUCGAGCUGGCCGAGCUCCAGCCGCCCAUGUUUGACCUCCAUCCAAUGAGAGCGCUGAUGUUGAUGUCCAAGAGCAGCUUCCAGCCACCGAGACUAAAGGACAAAACCAAGUGGUCUGCGAGUUUCCAGAGCUUUGUGAAGAUGGCUCUGAUUAAAAACCCUCGUAAAAGACCCUCAGCUGAGACACUGCUGCAGCAUCCAUUUGUGACACAACUCCUGACCCGUAACCUGAUAAUUGAGCUGCUGGACAUGGCCAACAACCCUGAGCUGCACUCCUCCCACACACACAGCAUGGACGACAACGAGCUGGAGUUUGAGGAAAUGGCGCCUGACAAGAUUCAGUCAGCAGGGAAGCACCUGUCUGUGGAGAGGACUCUAUCUGAAGAACAAUUUGACCAAGUGAAGUUUGGGCCUCCACUGAGGAAAGUCACAGAGCCUUAUCCUGAAUUGCAUAGCUCCUAUGAUGAUGACUGGAGCCUAUCAGGAGAUGAAGACAGUUCACCGAGCCUGUUGGAAUGUGUGGAGCAAGCUCUGCAGCUGAGGAGUUUAACCAUUAGGAGGGCGCCAUCUACUGAUGGAGGUAAGAAGAGUGGCUUAUUCAGUCCAUCUACAGCCUCUCUACCAGCCUUCAGCUCUCUAACUCCCGGCACAGAGGACAGAGACCUGACACUGAGACCGAGCUGUACUCUGGGCCCUGACACUGCUGUAACAACUGACUCCCCCUCCACUACAGUCUUGGCCAGGUGCUCAGCCACACAGGACAUCAGACAGCGCUGCACCGAUCCGUGUGCGACUGCCGGAGAAGCUGUACCAGCAGAGAAGAGGAAAGUUACCACUGUUUCCUCCCCAAAAAGAGAGACACCGCUGUCACCGGAAUGGAGCACACUGAGGAAAAAGACUGACGACUCUAGGGCUGAUUGUCAUGGACUUCCUCCUACCCCUCAAGUCCAUAUGGGAGCCUGCUUCUCUAAAGUCUUCAACGGUUGUCCUCUUAAAAUCCACUGUGCUGUCACCUGGAUUUUUCCCAAAACAAGAGAUCAAUAUCUUAUUCUUGGGGCAGAGGAGGGCAUCUAUACUCUGAACCUUAAUGAACUUCAUGAAGAUACACUAGAAAAGCUCCUCCCACAGCGAUGCACAUGGUUAUAUGUGAUGAACAAUGUGCUGAUGUCUGUAUCAGGGAAGUCCUCCCACCUUUAUUCCCACAGUUUGACCGCUCUCUUUGAGCAGAAAGGACAUCUGCAAAAGAAGCACAGCAGUCUGUCACUUGGCAACAACCGCUUCACUGAGAGAAUCAACCCAAGAAAGUUUACCAUAUCUGUGAAGAUUCCUGACACUAAAGGCUGUCGGAGAUGUAGCGUAGCAAGAAACCCAUACACAGACAGUACGUUUCUGUGUGCGGCGGUUCCGUCUGGCUUGGUUCUACUGUUGUGGUAUGAACCUCUCCAGAAGUUCAUGCAUCUAAAGCACAUGGCAGUAAGAUUACCAGACUCUCUGCCAAUAUUUGAGCUGCUGGUGUUGGUAACAGAUGAGUUUCCCCAGCUGUGUGUUGGGGUGAGAGACUGUAGUAAUGGCAAAGCUCCAACCAGCCAACAACUCCAAUUUGACGUCAUAGAGCUGAACGGCACACCUGUUUCAGUACCAGAUAGUGGAGGACUCAAAGCCACGCAAGUCAUCCAACUGGACCGUGACACUGUUUUAAUUGCAGUGGAAAAAACGGUAAAAAUCGUGAACCUGCGAGGGCUUCCAUCCAAAGAGCUGGCUGCAGAGAUGGUCUUUGACUUCUCCAUUGAAACACUAGUCUGCUUACAGGAUAGUGUCCUGGCUUUCUGGAAGCAUGGCCUCAAAGGGAGGAGUUUUCAUUCAGAUGAGGUAACACAAGAAAUUACGGAUGAGAGUCGGGCAUUCAAAGUUUUGGGAACAAACAGGGACAUCAUCCUUCAGAGCACACCGACUGAUGACCCCUCCGCACUGAGCAACCUAUACAUCCUUACUGGACAUGAAAGCAGCUACUGAGAGAGAAAAUGCCUCAUUUCAAUAGUCACACUGAAGAAAAGCGUAAUCUGUUCUAUAACCUUGUGGUAGAAAUGAUGCCCUGUUUCAUUGAAGCUGUAGCUGAUACCAGCAGCAAUGACUCCACCACCUCCCUGCUGAGAAUGACGAAUGUCAGGAUGGGAUUCGGCUGCUCACCCGAACUCAGACUGUAUUUUGUUGGUGAAGUCAUGUACAGGAGAGAGCUCUGUCAGUUUCUAACACUUGGAUGUGCCAGUUAAAGCUGCAAAAGCCAAUAUUUUGAUGUGUCUUUUAUCUUACCAGCCUAAAUCACAGCAUGAUAGCAGCAGAGGAAUCUGUUCUUCAUUCUUGUAAAAGGAAUUUGCUGCAGUCUGUUGGACCAUUGACUGUAGAGAAGCAGAACAGAACAUUUAUUAUGCUGUUGUCUUUGUUAGUAGAAGCAGUAUAUUUGGUCAGCUGAGAAGAAACGAUCAAGAUAAGUGGGAUAGACUGGCACGCAGCAGAGAAAGUGGUAGAAUGUUCUGUGGAUUCUGUGGAGUCUGACAGCAUCUAGUGUACAUCAGUGGUACUGCAGCGUAAAACAUUUAGACUAGCUGCACCACUCGGCCACAGGGAUAGCCUUUUUUUGGCAUAGUUUUGUCCACAAAGUAUUAUGCAUAUUGCUUACAUUUGUUCAAGAAUAUUAAACCCAAACUCAGUGUAUAGAGCAUUAUAUUAUGCGGUGCAGCUUUAACCAUUAAAUGUUCAACACUGCAAUCAUACAAGGACAGGAAUUUGGCUUAAAUGCAAAAAAACAAGUGUCACUUUGCAUACAAUCACAACAACAGCACACAGAGCAAAGUGUUUGAAAAAAAAGCGGAUACAAAGAAAGAAUUGACCAAGAUUAGAUACGAAACCUUUGCAUGAGGCAGAAUGUAAGGUGGACAGCAGCUGCUUUCUGUCUGUGAUGGGACAGUACUAUUAUAAAUUCACAGCUCAUAACAUCUUUUUAAAAAAAAUGGAGGGAGGGAAUAAUUAUAAACCUUAUAGGGGGAAUAUUUCACCACGACACUUUCAACAUUUACAGCAAAAAUGAGGCCUCAUUGUGCGUCUGUGUAAAAUAUGUGGUUGCAUGUACUCAGACUAGCCAGUACUGCAGUAGACUCUCAUGUAGAACCACGGAGUACAUUGUGGGUUUUAGGUAAAUAAGUGAAAGCUUUAACGUGUAGCCAAAUUCCAUUUUCAAAUGUACAUUUUAUCAACGACCGUCGGAACGCUGCAUUAGAAUACCUUUUAAAAUAUGAUGAAUGUGCUAGAUUGCCAGAUUUUUCAUUUUGUGUCACAAUGUUGAGAGAUCCCCAAGUAUUAGAAUUUUCCCCAUGGGUGCCCAACACACCUUUAAAAUGUGACUCUGUGUUCUUCUUCCUAAAUAAUUUAACUCUCACAUAGGAUAAAUGUACAUUUAAAUACAUGAGGUGCCAUAGAAAGUCAAUGCAAUUAAAUUGUACUUGUGUUUGUUUGACUAAAAUGUAAAUUCCACUACAUUAGAGUUUUGUGUGUAAAGAUAUUUAUGUUAUUUAUGGAAAGGAACCUGUAUAACACUCACCUUUCCCUGAGGAAUACUUGAAAGUCAGAAUAUGCAUAUGGAUAUUUGUUUUUUAAAGAUGAUUUUAUUGUUAUAGUAUGCAGAUAUUAUGUACAUAACAGUACAGUAUGCUCUAGCAGUGUGGAGAGGUUUUAAUAUGAAAAAUAAAGAUUUUAAUAUCUAAUGAAGCUGAAAAAGAUUGAGUUAUUUUUCUGUUGAAUAUCUGGAAAGGUUUUUCUAUAACUCAAAGAAAAUAAUAUAUAACGACCGGGAGUAAUUUCAACUGACACCAUUGUGAUGAUGUUCUUUCAGAAGGGUUUCCUAGUCAAAUAAAAUGUUUUUUGUUUAUUUGUUUUUUUAAAUUAACAUUGUAUUGUCUUGCUCUGUAAUUCAAAAACCAUUAAAAGCUCAAAAAGAGA